AUGCUGAUAAUCGAUCGAUUAGUUCCACUUUCACUUCUGUUGUAUCAUCAAUAUUUGAAUAACCUGCAAUCCGUCUCUUGCUCCAACUUCAACCACUCUGAACCGAUUCAAUGCUGUGGAAUGCUGCUACAAAAAAGCAUCCCAUACUUGAGAAGAUGUCGAAAUAUAAGUGUAUCCAUCAGGAACCAUCGAGAAGUUCCAGGAAUAUCCAAUCAGAAUGUGAUAUCAAAAAGGCUGCCACUCUCGGUUCCUCUUCCUAUGGAGAAUAAGAAAGUUUCAACACCAAAAGGAGCACUGUCAAUUGGAAGAAACUCUAAAUUAACACAGCUAUCUAAUGGAUUGAAAGUAUGCACUGAAAACACUUAUGGAGACUUCGUCACGGUUGGUGUCGCUGUAGAUAGUGGAUGUCGAUUUGAAAACGGAUUUCCAUUCGGAAUCUCACGAGUAGUAGAGAAACUGGCUUAUAAUUGCUCCGAAAACUUCCGAAACCGCGACGAUGUUUAUGCUCAACUGGAAGAAAACAGUGGAAUAGUCGAUUGUCAAAGUACCCGAGAUACGAUGAUGUAUGCUGCAUCAUGUCAUGUUGAUGGGACUGAUUCUAUUAUAAGUGUACUAUCCGACACCGUUUUGAGGCCAAUUGUAGAUGAAAACAGUUUAGAACAAGCAAAGUUAACUGUCUCAUAUGAAAACAAGGAUCUGCCAAAUCGAAUUGAAGCUAUUGAAAUUCUUCUGACUGAUUAUAUUCAUCAAGCAGCAUUCCAACAUAAUACUAUCGGAUAUCCAAAGUUUGGUUUAGAUUCAUUGGAUAAGAUUCGAGUUUCUGAUGUUUAUGGAUUUUUGAGUAGAGUACACACACCUGAUAGAAUGGUUGUUGGAGGAAUCGGUGUGGAUCAUGACGAAUUCGUCUCCAUUAUCUCUCGCCAUUUCGAAUCGAAACAACCCAUUUGGAACAGUCAACCGAAUCUACUUCCUGCAAAAAUCCCACAAAUUGACGAAUCACGUUCACAAUACACUGGUGGAGAAGUUAGGAUUCAGAAGGAUUUGUUAUCAUUGACAGUUGGAAAACCGUACCCAAUGUUGGCUCAUGUGGUUCUUGGAUUAGAAGGCUGCAGUUAUAAGGAUGAGGAUUUCGUGGCGUUUUGUGUGCUGCAGUCGUUGCUUGGCGGAGGUGGAGCUUUUUCAGCCGGAGGACCAGGCAAAGGAAUGUACGCCCGAAUGUACACUGAACUCAUGAAUCGUCAUCACUAUAUAUACAGUGCUAUUGCUCAUAAUCAUUCGUACAGUGACAGUGGAGUAUUCACAUUGACUGCAAGUACUCCACCAGAAAACAUAAAUGAUGCAUUGAUUCUUCUCGUUCAACAAGUUCUUCAACUUCAACAUGGUGUAGAAAUGUCGGAAUUGGCUAGAGCAAGAACACAGUUGAGAAGUCAUUUGAUGAUGAAUCUGGAAGUUAGGCCUGUGCUUUUUGAAGAUAUGGUUAGACAAGUCCUUGGACAUGGAGUAAGAAAACACCCAGAAGAAUACGCGGAGAGAAUUGAAAAAGUGAGCAACGUUGAUAUUGUACGAGUAGCCGAACGUCUCUUGUCAUCAAAACCAUCACUUGUCGGAUAUGGCGAUCUCACAAAACUUGGAGAUUAUAUAUCAUUAGAUCAGGCUCUUGCUAAAAGAGACUUGAAAUAUUUGUUCAAAAGAUAG